AUACUCUUAAAUCAUUAACUUAAUUAUUAUUUUUGUAUGCCCCAAAAUGUCUUAAAAGGUUUACGAUCCCUGUCCAACUGAUAAGUCGAAGCGAACUAAUCUCUUAGGUCAAGUUCGCACGAUGUUGACUCUGUCACGUUAUUAGCAAAAUGUGAAAAAAUCUCAGUUUAUUAGCCGCCUCGAUGCGGUUAAUAACAUAAUUGUGUAAAUCAUGUUUUUGUUCAAUUUCAUUGUUUUAAUAUGUGCCGUGUUGUGCAAUAGUGAAGAUCUUGGUUACAAUUUGAAUAUUGGAAAUGCUAUUGAUGUUUUCGCAAACUAUGGCGACCUGUCCCAAGUUACUCAAGUCAUUUCUGCGGAAUAUGAGGGGGAUGAAAGCACGGAGGAAAUAGUUCCCUUCAGUGAGAAAAACAUUAGAGUAUUUACUAACAUCACCAGUAAAGAGACCAAUGGAGAAGUCAACAGCAUCACGAACAUGGAUAUGGUUCUCUGUGAGACCUUUGACAGUCUACUUAAUGAGUACUUCAAGAAUUUUAAGAUUGAAGGAACUGACAAACCCUGGAAAGCUUUCAUGGGUGACUGGAUACCAGACGAGAUUAUGAGGACUUUUGGCAUUGACUACGAGUCUAAACCAGAUUGCUGCUUCGUGAUGGUGAAGCUGACUAAAACCCACAAGUCUGAGCAGCUCGGGAACUUGCGAGGAGUGGCUCUGAAGGACUACGUUGUCAGGGCUAUUGACAAGUUGAACGUCAGUGACACGGCUGAAGUAAGGAGGUUUAUGCGGAGCUAUGGAACUCAUUACAUCGAUUCGUAUAAAACUGGCAACUUUAUUUAUCAGGUAUUCAAAUACAAGCGUCGCGGGUUCGACUUGCUUAAAUCCGUGAUCAAUUUGACCAAUAGAAGGCCUGAUGCUCUACAAAACCUUAGGUUCUACUUCUCUUCAUAUUUCCUCAAACAAGUUGGUGAUAUUAAGAUAGCCAGCGGCAACAAAACCACGGAGACUUGGGCGCGGAACAACUUACGAGACAUACAAUAUUUGUACUCAAGACCAAGCCUUUUGAGACUGCACUACAGCUCCACAUUAGUUCACCAACUACACAAGCAAAUGGACAACGGGGCGCUAAUAGGCCUUAAUCUAAAGACCUUAAGGCCGUUAUUUAAGGAUAAAAGCAAGGCAGAUAAAUUUGCGGAGGUAGUCGAAAAUGAUUUGCAAUUAUGGGAGAUCAACGCGUAGAAUAAUUAACGUAUUUGCGUUUCCAACUUUGAUACCGUUUGAUACGGCAGACUAACAUUCCCAAGACUAGUUAUAUUGUGCAACUUUCAAUGUUAAUAUUUCGUGGUGAGUCUGCUUUGUUUAUAACUACAGACCGACAUUCCUCUUAAUGAUAUUCUAGACUUAAUUUAGUACUUAUCUACUUGUAAAGAUACACUUAUAUGUGAACAUACUUAAUAUAUUUGUUAAAAUAAGUUGCUACUUAAAAAAUAGUUUGAACAAUAAUAUUCACCAAAGACCAUAUUUAUGUUAAGAUUUAUUAUAAUUAUAUCAAAGCAUGCUUUGCGGGUCAAAAUCUUAACAAAGGUUUUAUGUAAUAUAAUUCAGGACUUAUAAGAUCAUUUUAUUAUGAAUCUUAACCAUAUCCAAUAUCCGACUUCUAGGGUGAGACAAUCCAAUCUUUUAUGAAUUCCCAUCGCAAAACGAUGGCUCAAAAACUUCCUUAUAACGGCCCCAAACAAACAUAACCAGUAUUUCAAUAAAAAUAAAACAAAAUAAAUACUAAAUUUUCUUUUAUUUAGUCUUUUUAACAUUUAUUAAUACCUACAGUACACAACAAAUUGUCAUAUAAUAAUGUUUAAAAGCGUUAUUUCAAAUUCUACUAAGCUCUGUGAAAACGUAGAUAUAUUUAAAACAUUAGCUAUUUCGUUUAUGGUAGUAAUUUAGUAAACAGUGUUGCCAUUAGAAAUUUAUUGUAAAAAGAAACAUGUUUGAAAAGAGGCCUUUUUUCUUCAUUAUUGUUCUGUUAAGACAGGGAUAAAAUUGGAAGUUUUAUGAAAGAAGUUCAAUAUUUGUGUCGCGGGGUUUUUUUACAGUCAUUCAAAUCACAUGCACAGGGUAAGUAUAAGGGCUAAUAGAUAUAUCCCUUUUCAAAACAGAACAAUAAUGACUUUUAGAUCAAAUAGAGCCUCAAAAUACACUAUACGCACGAUUGGUUUGGUUUAAAACACUUUAAAUGUGCGCAAUACAAUUUAUUUUAAUACAUAACAGAUCGAAA